AUGACAAUGAUUUUGCGAAUGCUGCGGGGAGUCCUUGUUCUAGCUACUUCUGUCCUAGUAAUACCUUACACAAUAGCUAUUGUUAGCAACAUCCUGCAUGGCUGGCCACAGAGCAGAAACAAAUACAGACGGGCAUUGAAUCCUAGAAAAGUGUUUGGUUUGAACUAUGUACUGAUUCAGAUGCUGAGGGAUAAGACUAGGUACAUACCUCUCUACUUCAAAUGGAAAAAGUUUUAUAGAAAUGCAGAUCCAAGAAGGCUGUACAAGAAUUUAGCGUUUGGUAGAAAUGAUUGUACCCUGGACGUGUACUUGCCAAAAGAACGAGACCCAGAAGCCAGCAUGCCAGUGAUCGUAUUUGUAUAUGGAGGGGCCUGGAGUUCAGGGGACAAGAGCUCCUAUGGUUUACUGUGUUCCAACAUUGUUACUGACACACAGACAGUUGCAGUGUGCCCAAACUAUUCAGUUUAUCCCAAGGGCUACAUUGAUGACAUGAUUCAGGAUAUAGUAGACAGUAUUACCUGGGUCAUAGACAACAUCCACGACUAUGGGGGAGAUAAAAACAAACUGAUCCUACUUGGCCACUCUGCUGGAGCUCACCUGGCCACCAUGGCUAUCCUUGAACUGCUGCAUGACGAAAGACUCAGUGUCAAACCGACCUUCAGAUUCCAGCCGGCCGGAGGUCAGUUGGAGCAACUAGCCUUCACAGAGAGCCACUAUGGCAAAGUGUCCUUGCUUGCCACUGAGCAGGAAGCUCUGGAGGAUAGCUCGGGUUCCUCCGAGUCCUUUGCUGUGGUCAGCGAGAACGGGUCUACUACAGAUCAGGGCACAUCUGCUGCACUGGAGUUGGGCAGUUCAGCGUCCAGUUUUGUGGAAAGCAGCCAGAUAUUAAAUCUAACACAAUCGAAACUUAAAUUCAGAAGGAGAAGGCCAGUUGGACGGUGGGAGAGGUCAGUCGUUGUCAGAGUCAGCUGA